CCCAGGAUGUCCUAUGAUACUCGGUCUGCCUGUAGGCCCAAGGAACUUGGGAAUGCUGCUAUUUCCUCCACUUCCUGAAACUGCCGACCGUGGAUUUCACAAAUGCUUCGUAUGGACCCCACCAGUCUGACGCCUGUUCUCUACUGUCUGACCAGGACGGUGCAGCUCGGCCAGCCGCAGCGCCGGAAUUUCUCAGGAGCAGAAACAUGGGAUUGAAACUUUUCACAAGCCAUUGAAAUGGAACGCAGAACUUGUUCAGCCCAGGACAGCACCAGGGAUGCUGCUCCACGGGACAGGACCGGCAGCAAGCCCCUGAAGAAGCCAAGAGGCCCUCCUGACCCCAGGCGCCUUGCGAAUCCAUUGAUGGGCCAUAUUGUGUCUGAUCGGACUCCUGUGCAUGAAGCUGCGAUCCAUGGGAGUCUGCUGUCUCUGAGGAAACUCAUAAGCCAGGGGUGGCCUGUGAACCUCAUCACAGCAGAUCAUGUGUCCCCACUCCAUGAAGCCUGUCUUGGAGGUCAUACCUCUUGUGCCAACAUUUUAUUGAAGCAUGGAGCUCAGGUGGAUAGCAUCACCAUGGACUGGCACACUCCCUUGUUUAACGCUUGUGUCAGCGGCAGCCAGGACUGUGUGAACUUGCUUCUGCAGCAUGGAGCCAGCCUCUGCCCUGUGAGUGAUCUGGCAUCCCCUAUCCACGAAGCUGCUAAGAGAGGCCACAUGGAAUGCAUCGAGUCUCUUGCAGUUCAUGGGGGCGACCUUGACCAUGACAUCCACCACCUGGGCACACCCCUGUACCUGGCUUGUGAAAAGGAGCAGACAGAUUGUGUCAAGAAGCUGCUGGAGUCAGGAGCAAGCGUGAACCAAGGCCGAGGUCUGGACUCCCCUCUUCACGCAGUGGCCAGAACAUCCUGUGUGCUGCUGGCCCGCAUGCUCAUGGAGUUUGGAGCAGACACUCAGGCCAAGAAUGCCGAAGGCAAACGUCCCUUAGAGCUGCUGUCUCCAAAGAGCCCUCUGUUACAGCUCUUCUUGCAGAGAGAAGGGCCCCCUUCUUUGAUGCAGUUAUGCCGCCUUAGAAUCCGGAAGUACGUUGGGAUCCAGCUACAUCGUAAAAUCACUGGACUCUUCCUCCCGGAGGAGGUGAAACAGUUUCUCCUACACAUUUAAAUAUGUCAAAAGAAUGGAGUCACAAAACAACAGACAAACCUUAUCGAGUGUUCUGGCCAUCGGAAUUUUAAAAUAAAAUCAGGUUACAAAGCUUGGCUAGUUUUCUCAAUAGGAUGUUUGUUUUCAGUGGAAACACACUGGGUACUUUUGUAUUAUUGGUUGGAAGGCAUGAAGACAUUUUUCCCUCUGGCCUGGAAAAGGGUAGCUAAAAGAAUAACUGUUGUUUUGAAUAUGUACUACAUGCCAAACACCGAACUAGGAACACUUUGUGCGUCAUCUAAUUUCGCCUUCACAGCAACCCCACCAGGUGGGUACUAUCCCUGCCCUUCUCCAGGGGACACACUGAGAUCAGGGGGGUC